CGUUUCAAAAAUAAUCAUUUCAAUUGAUAUAAUAUUUUAUUUGAAACCAUCUUUAUACGUUUUUGAAAUUAUUUUUUUCAAAAAAAUUCCAAAAAAUUACAUCUAAUAAAAAAAAUUGUAUCUAAUAAUUUAUCUAAUUUUUAAUUGCUUUUUAACUGCUUGAAGAAAAAAAUUUUUUUUAAGAAUUUCUUUCGUUAUAGUUUAGAUAUAUUUUUGAGGAUAUAUUUAGAGGUUCAAACUCAACCAGUCAAAUCACUGCAAUUAUAGUAAUUUUUUUUUACGAACCUAGAUGAAUGCAAUGAUAGAUUAAAAUCUUUUUUUUUCUAAGAAUUUGCUUUAUGUUAUGUUCCUUUUUUAAGAAAUUUUUUGUUACAUUUGCCUUGAAUUAUUUUGCACUUUGUUCUGAAUAUUCACUUUCCGAAGUGCGGGUAACCAUAUUUCUGGAAGUUAAUAGGAAAUACUUUUCAUAUCAGUAUUUCUGUCUAUACUAUUUAACGUUUUUUCACAUUUCUGGCUGUGCAACCGGACUCUUAGUCUAUGAUCUUUUUAUUGUCCCAAUCAAUAAUAAGAUCAUUCUUUCAGCUAAUUGGCUCAUUUAUGAUCUUGUGCUUGUUUGAGCAUUCGUUUUGUUUUAAUAACAUAAAAAGCAUCACAAUCCUUUCACAGGAUUUCGUAGACAAUAUUACAUUGACUCUCAGACAUAUUAUGUCUUUCGGAUGCAACAGUAUAAUAUGUAGCAUGUUUUUAGAUUGAAACACUGGUUUUUUUUAAUAUCUUUUAAUAUCCAACGAAGUAUGUUACUUGUUUCUGGUAUAUAUAUGACAUACACACUGUAGCUCAUUUUCUGCACCCUCUCAGUCGCUCUUCUUAUUAUUUCAGUUCCUGAUUUUCCUCUCAACCUUUUUAAUAGUUUGUCUCAAGUACCCAUUUGCAAGUAUAAGGAAGGUAGAAGGCUGUUACGACAAUAAUAAUAUUUUUUUCACGAGAUGGGAUAAGAAAUUGUUUGGUUUUUAAUUUUUUUUUCUUAUUAAAAAUGUUAUUAUUAUUAUUAUUAUUUUCUUUGUUUUCGUGAAAAUUAGGGCUGCUCAUGACAUUAAUUAGGUGUUUUUAUAAUGUUUAAAGAUGUAUCAUAAUGGUCGCGAUGUGAAACGGGAAAAUCAUGGUGCAUUGUGAAAGUCGACCCUACGAGAGACCGCGGCUUUCGCGAUGCUAAAAAAUUUUACUAUCGCGACAGCAUUGCGAAUCGAUACACGAUUCACGAUGUUAGGUGUCCUGAUUCCAGUACUGUGGUACUUAAAAUCUGAAAAAAAGCACUUGGGAAGGUACUGCAAUAUAUAUUUGCAUUCAUAUUUACCGUAUUUUCCGGUAUAUCACCUGCGGGUUUUGUGUUGAUCUUUACGACUUCCACUGUUGGUGCGGGUUAUAUGGUAAGUUUUAUUUUUUCAAUCAUUUAUUGUUAAAUUUAAAGUUUAUACUUUUACAGGUGCAAGCAAGCCAAGGUUUUCUUUCUUUUAACAGAAUCUUUUGAUUAUUUGUAGUACUAAAACAACCUUAUAAAAUUAUGCAGAAUGAAACGAAGCAAUAGUAUAUGUGAUGGUCUGAGAAGAAAGUAGGGAACACAAAAGAAUAAUAAAACUACAUGUGCUAUCCGAUACGUAGUAACCUUACUUCACCUACGUGAUUUAAUUUUUCUCACACAGUGAAAUUGCUUUACAUUUCUAUUGCUUGCAAGUGCUACUAUUAGGAGCUCUCUCUAAAACACAAUUCUGGAGUUCAUUUUUUCUUUUGUGUUGAAUGUAAUUUUAAUCUGCUUCUAUCUUUGCAAUCACAUUGAGCACAUUGAAAUGAUUUGCUUCUGGUAAUAGAGCAGUAUAGCAGGUAUCAUCUUUAAGUUUUAUUAACAUGUACUAUUUCACAACCUAGUGCACAGGCCUUCAUUAAUAAUUCCUGGUAAAAAUAUUGAAAAAUGGUAAAAUUAAAUGUAUAAAUGAUAAUUUUCUUUAUAUAUCUUCCAUACCUUCAAGCAACAGGUCACCAUUGAAAGUAUAAAAAACAACAACUAUCUCCUCCCCAUUGCUGCAAUUUAUUUUAUCAUGCACAUUGUGAUUGCUGCGAUAUAAAUGGAUAACAAAAUUUUAUAAACAUUAGAAAAGAACGUUCCGUACAUCGCUGUUACAGACAAUCCGUGAUACUUAUUAUGUUGUUUAAUAUUAUUUACGGCAGUCGGAGAUAAGGAAGUGUAGACUGAGUGAGUCGCUAGUUCAGACACUCGGCUCUCGUGUUUGAGGUUCACGAGUUUAAACGUUCCCCACUUGUCUCCAGCAUGAAAAUAAAAAUGACGCAGAACUAAAAAACAAACGAAAAAAAACAACCACACGAGCAUGUUUAUAAAAUCGAUUCUGGUAAGUAAAAAUAAACACAAUGCGGGUUAUACAAAGGUGCUGGUAAGGAAAAUCGCCGAUUGAAAUUUUAUGCGGGUUAUACGAAGGUGCAGGCUAUCUGGUAGCAUCUGGUUUGUAACUCCCUAAAAAAGCUGAGCUGCGGGUUAUACGCGGUGUGUUAUGUGCGGUUUAUAUACCGGAAAAUACGGUAAUGCUAUUAUUAUUAUUCCGAAUAAGCCAGUGUUUGAAACAUUGUUAUCAAUGUGAUUCCUGUGUUUGGAAUGUAUACAUUAAGUAUACACCAGCAUUACCUACCCAAUUUCCCUAAUACUGUAUAUGGGCUUAACCUCUGGUGUGCCAUUGUGUUUUUGUAUACUCUGUCUAUUGGCUAUUUUUUUAUAAAAAUUCCUGUAACUAAACCAUUACUUUAAUUACCCCCUUAUCUUUUACCCUAUUUUUGAUUCCAAAGAGCUAAAACUACUAAUCAAGUUAUUUUAUUUUUUAGUUUGAUAAUGAAUAGAAAUCAAGAACGACCUGUUUUUCUCCCAGUGCCAUCAACAACAUUUUGCCAAAAUCUUGUGUCUGCACCAAAAGCCAUUACAACAAAUAAAGAUGGCUCUAAAUGUGUUGUUGGUGGCAGACACUUGCUCAAAGUGUAUAGCAUUGAUGAAAGGAAAUUUACAGAACGUGGUAAUCUUGUGGUUGGCCCUAAGAAGUUAAAUUAUAGUAUUACAGAUGUUCAAUUUCAUCCAAUAGAGGAGAACAUUAUUGCUUCGGCAUCUGGUAAUGGGGCUGUUAUAUUGUGGGAUCUGAACAAAAUUAAUGAAUCUAAACAAGACCAUUUAUUCCAGCAACACAAUCGAUAUGUGCACAACAUAUGCUUUCACCCGUCAGAUCCUAAUUUAUUAAUGAGUUGUUCACAAGAUGGUAAUAUGCAUUGUUUUGAUAUUCGCCGGAAAGAUGUUUAUGCCACAUUUAGUGGCAGGAGUGAAAACAUAUGGGAUGUUCAGUUUCAUCCCUUAGAAAAAAAUAUUUUUUGUGCUGUGUGCGAGAGCGGCAACAUACAACUAUGGGACAUAAGAAAACCAGAUCAUUAUUAUAAUCAGUUUACUGCACACAGUGGACCAGUAUUUACAUUGGAUUGGCAUCCAGAAGACAAAUAUUGGCUGAGUACGGGUGGCAGAGAUAAAACAAUUAAGAUUUGGGAUACUCAACUAAAAACUCAACCCACUCAUAUUAUUCAGACAAUAGCUCCUGUUGCUCGUAUUAAAUGGCGACCAGGCAUGAAAUACCACAUUGCAAGCUGUGCUCUUUUGUUGGAUAAUAAUGUGACAAUAUGGGAUAUUAGACGUCCAUUUGUUCCAUUUGCUGCAUUUCAAGAGCACCAUGAUGUUGCCACUGAUAUUGUAUGGUUAAAAGAUUCUGACAGGAUAUUAUCAUGUUCUAAGGAUAAGACACUCUACCACCAUGUAAUUAACAAUGCUGAGAGGCCUGCAGAACACGCCCCACCUGUGGCUCUAAGUUUAUCUCCUUCUGGUAUUAUUGGGCAUGCAUUUCCAAAAAAAAAAUUAUCAUCCCAGAAACUAAGCAAGCUUGUUGGAACUCCUCAAACUAUGUAUCAAGGUACCAAAAAAUCUGUCACUCAUACAGAUGAAUUUAAACCAAAUAAUAGUACUUUAAAUUUUCAUGAUAUUGGAUGUGUUAUAGAAGAAACUUAUAUUGAAAUCUUGGCAAAACAGUAUAAGUUUUACGGAAAGCCUUUCCCUGCAUUAUGUGACCACAACGCUCAGGUUGCAGAGAAGAUAAACUUAAGCGGUAAAUCUCAAACAUGGUUAAUUUUAAAACAAUUAUACUUAAACGAAGAAAAAAUACAGCAAGAUUCUGUAUUUCCAAUGCCAAGUCCAGCAUUAUCUAGUCAAUUAUUGUCCAAUGACAUUUUGGCAAGGAAACUUGAUACUCCAGAAAGUUUUAGCGAAAAUAUAUGGAUGAAUGGUUCAGGAAGCUCUGAUGACAAUGACUCAACUGGGAUACAUGCUCCUAGUGGAAUGAUGUCUAGCAAUCAAUAUAAUGACAUGGCCCUGGAGCCCGAACUUGAUGCUGUUUAUGAUGAUGGUAAUGCACAAUAUUUUACUGGCGAAAUAGGUAAUGAUGAUGGAGAGCUGGGGCCUCUACCAACUGAAGCUUUUCAACUUAGACAUUCCUUUGGUGAAAAAGCAGUUAGUCAGUCAGACGAAGCUGUCGAUCAAGACAGAAACAAUAAGGCAAAUACUGGAACCUUAAAACCAUCUGGAUUGUACUUACCACGCUGGGAUUAUGAAGACUUAGUUAAACAAAUGCUGUUUUAUUAUGCUGAACAAGGUGAUUUGCAGACUUGUGUAACAGUUUUAUUGUCGUUACAAGACGCUGGAAGAUGUAUGAUUGAAUUCUCUAUACAAGAAGAAUGGUUUAGUGGGUAUUUAGAAAUCCUUUAUCGUUUGCAUCUGUUUAAUAUAGCCACUGAAGUGAUAAACCAUGCACCACCACCAGUAAAUUCUUUAAAUCAAAACUCAACAACCAUUCACAUGCAAUGUGGGAACUGUAAUAAGGUCAUGUCUGGAACACCUCCAGGCUGGUACUGUCACCUAUGUCGACAAAUUGCACAGGUGUGUUCGGUAUGUCAUAUACCUGUCAAAGGUUUGUAUGUAUGGUGUCAGGGAUGUGGCCAUGGUGGUCACCUCCUACAUUUAAAGGAAUGGUUUGAAUCUAAAAAGUACUGCCCAUCUGGUUGUGGCCAUAAGUGUGAAUAUUCGUAAUAUAUUUUUUUUAUGUUAAAAUUUCCUUCCUUAAACUAAAUCAUUUUUUAGACUUGUAAUUCAUAAUUAUGACUUUGGCUUAAUUAGUUUUUAAAGUUUUAUUUUCAUUUCGUUUAAGAUUUAAUUAACCUCUUAAAAAUCAUUAAAAAACGUUUUUUUCCAAGUAACUCGAUAUUUGAUAGUUGAAAGGGGUUUUAUUUUAAAAACAUGUGCUUACAGUUGCCAACCCUUUUUUAUCAAUAAGCAACUUUUUUAUUUAAAAGUUAGAGAGCUGUUACAAACCCAGGCUUUGAAGGAUUAAAUUUCAAGUAAGUUAGUAAGCUAAUGUAUAAGUAACGUAUUAUUUCCUUGCUGAUUUAGGAUAAACUCAAGGAACGUAAUACUUAGACGUAGAGAACUUUAUUUAACCUCUUAGAAUUUGACUUUUAUGUUCUUGAAACAAAACAGAAAGAAACUAUAGGCUUUGAAAAUUUUGCUUUUUUACCAAAGAAUGAGUGCAUCGUUUUUUAAUCACUAGAUAUAAUCUUUUUUUAUGCAUUAAGAAAUAUUUGCACCACAGGCAAAAACAAUAGGGUUUUUUGUGACUCUUUCAACCAGGUAAAGUGUCUUAUUGUUUUUGCUUCCCUUUUUACAAAUAAACCCACUUUAAGCGGCCUUUAUGUAUCAUUUGUUAAUCCUCAGCCUAAUCGGGCUUGAAACUAUUAAAGUGGAAAUCAUUUGGCCCAUAUCAUGUUUUUAGAUUGUUUUAUUCAGAUUUUUGUUACCAAAUUACCAAAUUGUAACGUCCUGAUAUUUUCAACCUCAUCUGAUGUAUUGGACAAUGUUAAUUACAAUUUAAAUACACAAUAAGAUAAUAUUAUACGGCAUUAAUAUUUGUAGCGUUUGUUUAAGUUGCUAGUUCAAAUUUUCCACAUUUCAUUAUGUUACCACUUAAUCUGGUAUCAGAUUUGUUACUGGUUAGAUUCCAUGUAAAAUCUACCCAUCUUCCUGCCAGUGCCUACCAAAGUUUCUUUUUACAUCGUACAAUAACUUCUAAAAAUCUUAAAAUGUUAAAUUUGUGAUUUAGGAUUAGUUGAUUUAUUUUAUUGUAAAAACAAUAGAUGAACAUGAUUGACUCAGGUCGACAUAAUUUAUCUAUUAGCUUUUGUGUAGAAUGUGAUAAAAUACCCUUUUGCAUAUAUACUUGUUGGGUGUCUACCACGAUGAUUGUUUUAAAUAAAAAUUGAUUGUUUUAUCUAUAUUACUGAA